AUGGCAGACAUCAAGAACCUCGUCAAGGAGGUCCACUGCCGCACCGCCCACUUCCUUGCCCUCUCAUCCGACGUCAUUGUCAUGCCACGCAUGGAGUGCCACAACAUUGCAUACAAUGCAGGCUUCCCCCACAAGGCUGGCCAUCCCACGCUGCUCUUGGUCCAGCCAGAGGCCAGCACCUCCAAAACCUGUGGCGCCUGCGGCAGACUCAACGACAGGCUUGGCUUGCAACCAGACUUUCUUUGCCCCUACCAAGACUGCGCUUACACUACCGGUCGCGACCACAACGGUGCAUACAACAUGAUCAUCAAGGCUAUCCGAUGA